CAGCCACCGGUGCCGACGACCAGUCUGCCGACUUGAACGAGAAGCCGGUCGUGCCAUCAACCAUCAGCUGAUUUCAGGCGAUCAGUACCGCGUGAAGGGCAUGCGAGACAGCCGGUACUCGUGACGGUGUUGUGCACACGAGAUUUUCUCUUCUAGGUUUUUACAUUUCCAUUGUGGCGGUGCAGUGAUACGAUGUGAACAUGAGCGUGUGCGACGGCAUGGUUGAUGGGGUGACUUCUCCCGGCUGCUACGGCCGAUCGGGCAUACUGGAGACGCACGUGCGCGGCCAGUGGUACCGGGUCUUCGUCACCCUCGAGGACGAUUGUCUCAGCAUUACGCUGGACGAGUCGUACGAGAACACGACCACGUUGAAUGGCACCCUCAACAACAACAUUGAAACACCCAGCGGACUGAGUGACUCGCCCGACGUGCCGGACUCGGUGGCCAAUCAGAAGCGUCUCGUGCGGGUUUGCAAGUCCGAGAACAACGGGCUCGGCAUCUCCAUAAAAGGGGGCAAAGAGAACAAGAUGCCGAUUUUGAUAAGCAAGAUUUUUAAAGGGAUGGCGGCAGAUCAAACCGAACAGUUGUAUGUUGGUGAUGCGAUUUUGUCUGUAAACGGCGACGAUCUGCGUGAAGCCACUCACGAUGAGGCCGUCAAAGCUCUGAAACGGGCCGGCAAAGUCGUGGAACUUGAAGUGAAAUAUCUGCGGGAGGUGACGCCUUACUUCAGAAAAGCCAGCAUAAUAUCCGAAGUGGGCUGGGAACUGCAAAGGGGUUUUCUCACUGGGGCACCGCCGGCGGUAAAGUCUCCCCAAAGGGCUGACACUCGUUACCUGCCGCUGCAACUUUGCCACCUCGCCAGGAACUUCAGGUAUCCGGAUCCAGAGAGUCGAACAUUGGAACUGCACUCGCCGGACGCGGUGCACAGUUGUGUGCUGCGAGCUGUCGAUCCCGCGGAGGCUGUCACAUGGUUCAACACUCUACACUCCGCCCUAGCCGUCCUCAACACCGCCGCCCUCCACGAAGCCUCCAGGGCCAUCCCCGAUUUACGACACAUUGGAUGGCUUCUGCGGCGACCUCGAAUCGAAAACAACAUGUCGAGCUCGGAGAGUUCGGACGACAUGGAUCGGUGGCAGUCGGUGUUCGCCGCGGUGACGGACAGCGAGCUGCGUUUCUACGAGAGCGCCCCGUGGUCGGGGGAGGCGUGGCGGGCGCCGGCCGAAGCUUACUCGCUGAUCGCCACCAGGUUGGUGGGUUCCGGAAGACGGGCAGAGCUUCCGGAGUUCAGUAUACGCUGCGCGACGGUGGACGGAGUGAUCACCCAUCAUCUGCGCGCUGAGACGCAUCGCGACCUGGCCGAGUGGGCGAAGGCUCUAGUCAAUGGCAGCCAUGCCAGUGCUGUGACGCAGCGCGAAUUAGUGUGUAGGUGCUUGUGGAAGGGUAGACCGGCACAAUUGGUCAUACACUACGAAAACGGGUUCACGUUGUUGGAAGGCGGGACUGGUUCACGGACACUGUGGAGGUACCCGUUCGAUCGGCUACGGAAUUCCUCCGAUGACGGCAAGAGAUUUCUUUGGCUCGACUUUGGGGCUGGAGAGGACGGAGAUGUGGAACUCGACAUGGAGGGAUGUCCAAAACCGAUUGUCUUCAUACUACACAACUUUUUAUCUGCCAAAAUCCAUCGAUUGGGUAUCAGCGCCUAACUCGUUGGACACAAGUUCCAAAACGAAGCCAGUUUAUUUGUAAACAAGAAAGAAUUAUUUUGUCAAUUAAUCUAGAUAGAUACUUAUUUAGUGUUAAAUAUAUCAAUAAAUCAUUUCAUUUAUUUUUUGUAUAAAAAAAACUAUAAAAAAACUAUCGGUCUAUUUAAAAAAAUUUGUGCCUUUACAGCAUGUUUUAUACGUUCCGAAAAUGGUACAAAUAAUGAUGUUUCUACAUUUGUUCGAUAAUCUAUGACAAUAGCCGCAUUCCAAUGAUACAGACUAGUCACAUAACUAAAAUUUAGUUACUCAGGUAUUAACAACUAUCAUUUACAACAAUCUGCGUAACGCACAACUCUUAAGUUAGUUUAAUUGUACUUUUACUGGCUACGAACAAAAUGUGAUGUUUAUUUUUCGCCAUUUUGGUAGCCUGUGGAUGUUUUACAAUAUAAAACUCGAUUAUUGUGAAAUAUCCCAAUUGGUGUAAUUCAGAUAUUACAAACUUAAACUUAUACUUAAUGUGGUUGUUUUAGCUACGAAAUUGGAAUCGAUUACGUAAUGGUCACAGUUUAACAAAAAUAAAAGACGUGCCAAAAUUGCCGCUCAUAAAAUCUUACAACCAGAGAAGAUAUUGUUGAUUUCUGUAUACCGAAUCCAUACAAUAAAGUCUUUUAUUGUGCCAUUGACCGUUCAAACUAAGACGAUGGACUAUAAAAAAUUUUUGCUAAAGAUAAUAAUGAUGGAUUUUAGCACGUUUGAUGUCGCAUAUCAGCGCGAUUUGUUCGGGGCGUUCGGACAAUCUAAGAAAAGCAAUAUCAUCCCGACCACAAAAGCUAAUGUCCGUCAAAUGUGUCCCAUACAUCUCUGUGUCGAAAUGUUACUGUGACAUUACGUUCGCCAUUUUAUUAUGUCAAGGACACAAUGCCAGAUUAAUACCUACCACCAAAAACCCGCUACCGGGAUCAAAAGUGAAAAAAUGGAGGCUUUACUUUGGCAUUUUGCAAUGCAAAUUCUUAGUCGGCGUCACAAGUUGAAUUUGUCAUUUUGUCGCACAUCCAAUUCGUUUGGCCAUAGAAUGCGUUUGUGGGCUGGCUGAAGUAACCAUUUUAAAUAAAUUUACAAUCAAAAUGAAAAAAAAAGUGUAUGAACAAUUUUUAAUCAAAACAAACUUAUAUAAUAGUUUAUACAAGCUUUUGUAUUAUGCAUAUCAUUUUAAGAACAAUAAAACAAAACGUAUUGUAUAUUACUAGGUAAUGUAAACUAACUCUUCCAUAACUAAUGUAAGUGUGUUGUCUGAUAUGUAUCAAAGCUUACCUGGACAUUGGGUGAAUUGUAUAGCUUUUUACUGUUAUAUUGUAUAGAUAAGGUGUAGGAAUUUAAUACUAAGGUUAGUGAUAUUGUAAAUAAUAUAUAAUCUCCGCAGAAAUGUAUUGUAUCUUAGCAAUAAAUGUGUAUUAAAAUAAAAUCACUAAAAUUA